AUGAAGUGGCUAAUUCUACUGUUGACCUGCAUGGCAACCGUGUCAUGUAUCGAACGUCUUCGCCUUGACGAUAUAAUCAACUGGCUUGAACAGGACAAAGAAAAGAAAAAUGAUUGCGAUCGUGGACUGUUGUUCGACAUCUGUCAAGGUGUUAGACCGAAGGUAUGAAUAAUGGGAAAACGUUCAGCUUUUAGGCAAGAUGUAGCCCUCAACUUGCUCUGAACAAGCUGUUGCUUCUCUCGGAGCUGGCUGGUUACAACGUCAACCGAGCUGCAGUCAGAGAAAGAACCGCACUGGUUGUAGAAGACGUAAGCUCUGAAAUGACAAUUAAAGUUAUGAACAUGUUAUCCAGAUUCAUAGAUUGGCCAAAAAGGCCAACCAUUCCAGUAUUGGAAUCGACCUGGAAUGCUUCCAAAAGUCGAUCUGUUCGGUCAGCGAGCGCAAUGGAUUCAGACAGCUGGCCGGGAAAACCCGUCGCAUAGCCUCUAAUAUAAAAACCAAGAGUUGUCACAAUCCAAUUGACGAGGCGGAGUACGUGGGAAUAUACAAAGCAGCCGACUUCCUAGACACAUUGGGAGUAGAAAUGCAUAAGAUGUCACUUAAACAACAAUUAUAA